UAUGAAAUACAUGUAGCUUAAUCGAAACAAGGAAGUCGUUAGUAUAUAUAUACCACACGAUAAUCUACCGAUUUGUUUUAGAACUUUCCCUGAUUUAAAAGCUAAAAUAAAGAUGAUUAUUAAUUAAAAAAUCAUUUUAAAAUGCUCUAGUGGAGGACAAAAACUUCUUUAUUGUUGAUGAUUAGGUUUUCUUCAUAUUUUGAAAAUUAGAAGAAAGGACAGUUUUAUUAUAGGUAUUCGGAUCAUAUUAACGUUUACAGAAUAAAUUACAGUACAGACGACAGUUUUGUUAUUGACACUUAUAUUAUGGAAGCAGACGACCGGGAUGAUUGUGGUACAUCCUGCUGCAGUCUUACAUUUGGUUCCAUCUUCUGCUGCAGACCAAUGAGGAAAAACACCAGAAUUAAAAUAUUAUGGGCAUGGUUACUGUUGUUGGCAGUAACGUCAGCUGUUGUUUUAGGUUGUGUUGUUUAUUCUCCGUUCAAAUUAUUAGCCACACCAACUGAUAUGAUUCCUAUUCAAAAUCAUGUACACUUUUUAUUCUGCGAAGAAGUGAAUAUUAUUUCACCGGGAUUACGAUUUAACGGUUAUAUUAUGUCUGGCACUUUAGAGAUAGAUGAUUCUAAAUCACAACAGUACUCACAAAAAACUGCUUUAUUCAUUAAGGAAAGGGUGUACGAAUAUUUUGCAUUUUAUUUCCUCGAGAGGUCAAAAAUAGCUUUAAAACAUUGUUCGGAGGAUUUUCUGACAUUUACUGUUAUUAUAGGAAAAGACAACUUUGAAAUAUGGAAAAAAUAUCAAUAUUGUGACAACUGUUAUUUCGAUAAACGUUUUCUGUUCGCAGCAGGUAGUUGUGUUAAUGAAGAAGCGUAUAGUGACUUUGUUUUGGAAACAAUUGUUGCAGACGAAUAUUUUAUUAUCUAUUCAAAUGACAAUUUCCAAGACGUUUGGGUUGACAUCAAUAUUGAACUUGACCGUGCUAUGUACAACUUUCAGAAUUCCACGACGGUUUGCACGGAUUCCAUUCAGUGUGAUAUCAUCUUAGAUGGUCCAGAGGAAACUCCUUUGAUUUGGGUAAUGGAUUAUAACUAUAAUCUUGGACAAUAUAAUCAUCCUCAAUUUUCUAUCAAAUGCGUCCCUAGAAUAUGGGCAUAUUUAUUAUUGCACGGCUUCCCAGUUUUAUUUAUCGGAAUAUGUUUAAGUAUGAUAAUAAAGAAAAGUUGCAGAAAUCCGGAUACAAAUAACUUGAAUAUUCAAAACGAAAGGACACCAUUGCUAUAUAACAGCGCAGUCUUACCACCAAGUUAUUCUACUGUAUUCCGAGAACCACCAAAAUAUGAGGAUGUUAUGAGGACGUGUGCACCACCGCCAUAUUGUCAAGUACUUGCUGGUAGUCUUGAAACAGUUGACAUUACACAUGAUUUAAAUGAAAAUGUUUCAUCUGACAAUAUACAAGCUGUUCAAGUAGAACAUACACACGUUCAUGAUAUAGAAGUAUGAAUAACAUAAACAAUGGUAAUACUUAUUUUAAAUAGAAAAUGCAUUACAUUUAGAAACAUGUUUUAAAGAUAUGCAUUUAGUGGUCUACAAAAUAUGGAAACUAUUUUAAGAUUAAUAAUCAGUGAAACGAUA